CAUAACACCUCGAAAACAGUAGCAUGUCCAGUCCUUUUUGUAUUUGUAAUCACUGCACGAUUUGUGUUUUCAUCGUAAAAGUUAUAUGUUUUACCAUGAAUAUACACAACAAUGUAAAAGUCCAAUGUAAUAAUUAAUUUCCUUAUUUUAUUAGUGUCAUUAAUUUGACAUAACAUUGGUCAUAACAGAAGAAUGGCACUGAAAUGAGUAUUUUAGUAUACAUAAUGAAUAAUAAUUGCAUUGGACAUGGAUAUAAUUAAUAUAGAAAACGUAGAAGCUGGUGUGCGUCCAUCAAAAAGUUCUACUCCAAUACAAUGCAAUUGCAUCCAUUCAAACUCAAUAUGUUACGUUAUUGUAACAGUUGCUACCCUAGCUCUUCUGGGAGCAAUUGUUUUCAUCUGUAGGGACUAUAUUAAAAUCCUACUUUAUUGGAUUGAACAUCAAAACAUAUGGGUUGUUACUGUAAUAUUCAUUGCACUGUUUAGCGUGGUUUCAUUCCCUAUUGUAAUUGGUUAUUUAUUUCUUAUCAUUGCUAGUGGUUACCUCUUUGGUAUAUUAAAAGGUAUAGUAAUGGUAGUGUUAUCUGCCAAUUUGGGAAUAGCCAUAGCACAUGUUACUCUUAGCGCGUUGUCAUCGAAAUUGCCUAUUGGAACACUUUUACAAAAUAACACUGCAAGAGCAAUUCUUAGGGUUAUUUCUGGACCACAAACUUUUAAAGUUGUGUUGUUUGCCAGAUUAACUCCGAUCCCCUUUGGUCUACAGAACACAAUUUUCGCGGUUAGUAAUAUGGGUGGUUUUCAAUACCAUGUAGCUAGUGCAUUAGGCUUACUACCUGCUCAGAUCAUCAACAUUUAUCUUGGUAGUAGUUUAAGAUCUAUGCAAGAUGUUCUUGAGGAUAAAUCAACAGCAGCAACUGGUUACAUUGUCUUCUGUUUUCAGAUUUUAAUAGGCAUUUCAUUAAUGGUGUAUGUUGUACAAAAAGCACGAAGGGAACUUCAGUUAGCAUUGUUAGAAGCUGAUCUUGCUUCAAUGACAGAUUCUUCUCAUUACCUUCUUGACACGCUCCCAGAUUCUAAAAUAGUUCUAACUAACUUAAUUGCUUAAAGGUUUGAAAGAAAAUUUUAUUUUACUAAUGGGUACCUACAUGUUUCAUACUUAAUAUGACCCAUAUUAUUUAUGACUAAUGACAGAAGUAAAAUUUAAUACCUUUUCAGAAUUCAGAAUUAGAUUUCAUUAACUAAACAGAUAAUUAUUGAUCUUUUUUUAUAUCAUAUUCUAAAAGAACUGAGUAUUUUAUAAUACAAGCAAUAAUGGGAAACUGUAUAGCUGAAUACAUUUGAGCAGUUUUUAGACAAUAACAGGAACUGAUAGAGUCACGUGUUCAUAUUAUUUCUUUUGAUACUCUAAUUUUGUGCCAAAUCUCAUUUCCAUUUAUUAAAAGUCUUCAUGCAUUAUAUUUUAAUUCGUUAUAAGAAAUUUGACUGCAUUUAUAUUUGUCAGUAUGUCUUCAUUUUUAUGUUCUGUUGACAGCCUUACACAUUUUUAUUUAGGAGAAUAUAGUUUCUUCUUAUAAUGCUGUUAUAAAUAGGUCUUCCAUUAAACUGAUUAAUUGUUAGAAUUUUAAGAAACAUGGAGGUUCUUAAAUACUCAGAUCAAAAUCUAUAAUUUAUUUAACUUAAAAUGGAUGAAACUUAUUGUUCUCGUUUAUCUGCAUAUAAUUUUAUAUAUUAGUUUAACUUAAAAUACAUGAUUAAAAAACGACGUGUAAAAAUACAUUUACCAUUGUAAAAUAAUUACCAUGACAAUUGCAUUUGUAUAAAAAUAAUUAUUCCGUCAAGAAAAUUAUCGAGUAAACUUACGCAUUUUAUCAGGAAGACUGAAACUAUGGUAAAAGGUAUCAAAUGUUCACAUUAAUUCGUUACAUUUUUGUUAACUUGGACAUCUGUUUAUCCGAUUCUAUAAAACGUAUUAUUAGUUUAUUAGGAAAACAUACGUUUGUACAUACAUAGUGAUCAAUCUUUAUUGUCUAUGGAUAUUGUGAAUCAUUAGCAUCAUGUACAAUUAUAUUGUAGUGACUGCAGUGUAGUCACAAAAUCUGCAUGUUAAAUUAAGGUGUAAUAACAAUAAAGAAAGAAAUUAUAUUGUACAAAUGUAAUAUAAAUGACUAUACCAAACAAAAAGGAUUGUAUUCGCUUAAUGUAUUAAAUUGUUCUUUGAUCUA